CGGGGCUGGCAGCAGAUUCUCACAUUAAGCUUUGCAUGAGAAUGCUUGGCUAUGGCGCCCAAAGCCAAAGGUGCGAGUCAGCCAUCAGACCGACCAAGGAGUCCAGCGAGGACCGAGGCCUCAAAGUCGUCGCCGCCGAAGUCGCCGAGAGCGGCUCAGCUGCCAGAAGCGAAGGAUGGGAUGAAGGAGGCUGAGAUAGCGCCAGCCAGUGCGCGCACUGGUGCCAGCCAUCGGAAAAGUCUGCUGGACCAAAUUGAGCCGCUUCCCGGCAAGGCCUUGGCGGAGCCGAGCACGCCCAAGCUCCUGCGAAGGUGUCGAAGCACAACGCCAGUGCGGCCAAAAGGGCCUACGACCUUUAGAGGGCUGUUGCAGGACAAUGAGACCGUUGCUGGCUGGGUGGAGCACGACACCCGGAUCCGCUGCACGAUGCCCCUGAACCCUGCGGCUGAGGAGGAGGAGGAUAGAGGCCCGUUGCCGGUUCAUCCAGCUGCAGAAGCGGCCAAGCAGCGGGGGAAGAAGCAACGCGGGGUGAAGAGGUACGCGGGGAUCGGGGCCCAAGCCUCCAACGUGGACCAGAUCAUCUUCGGUCGCGACAUGGACUACAGCCAGGGAGAUGGCGGAGAUCAAGCAGCCUAUGCCGGCCGAGCUGGCGUCUCUUCGCAGGCCCACGUGAAAGCAGGCGGAGUCAAGAAGGUGGAGAUGACUCAGAGGGAAACCUUGGUGCAUAGCCCCUACGGUGUCACCUCGGACGAGAAGGAACCGGAGCGCAGAUGCGAGUCCAGCCCCUUGUCGCCCAACUGCAGUCCCGGCAUGGCCGAGGUCUUUGGGAACGAGCCUGUGAAUGAGGACAAAGUGGAGGCGGCUCGCCUGGCCUGCUUCGGCGACGCGGCCGGCACGCGCUCCUGGAAAUCCAGCCCCAAGCCGAAGCGGGAGGACGGCCCGCGGACUCCGCGGAGCUCUGGCGACCUGGUCUCGAAGGUGGUCUUUGGUGGCCAAGGCUCUGUGCCGGAGAAGGAAUCCUUGGCUGAUGCGCGCAAAAAGCGCGUUGACUCGUCCCGGGCCUUCGUGGACCUCGCAGGUCGAAACUCCGCGGAGCUGAACAACACAAGGGGCAAGAGGCACGUGGCUUGGAGCGAGAGCUCCGGCUCGGCAGGAUGCCCCAGCGGGUCGCUGGGGGAUCACCAGGCCGGCUGGCACCCGGAAGCCCGGGACAGGCUGGUGAAAAUGGCGGCAGGCUUCGAGGAGCCUCACUGCGCCAUGCGCUGUGUGUCCGGCAAGGUCCUCAACGGCCAGGCCACGCCUCGGCAGGAGGCCCUGUGGGCGGAGCGGAAGGCGAACAUUCACCGGGAGGUGCCAGGGAAGAAGCACCUGGGAGUGGGCAUGGCGUCUGCGGCGUCUCAAGCGGACAUCUUUGGCCGGAGCAGCACGCCGCCCUCGGGUUUCGGGACGCCCAGGCAUAGCAACAGCCUGUUCGAAGGCUCCGCUGGCAAGCCGUCGACCUUCGCGGAGUGGGAUCUGCCGCGGCCCUCGCGGUCCAUGACGCCUCCGCGCAACCUCCGCUUCGCGGAUUUGGGGAAGACUGACGUCUUGGGGCGCCCAGUCUUACACGGGAUCCCCAGCUGGUCCCGUGGGGCCACGAGCACCAUUUUGGAGGGCGGUGAUCGGAGGAUCCGCGGUGUCUCCGACCGGCCGCAUCCCACCUUUGGGCGCUCCAAUGUGGGGUGCCUAUUGAACGGCGAGUGAAUCUCUUUGCGGCCAAAGAGAGGCGCCUGCGCUGGAAGUCCUGGGCUCUGGCAAUCUCUGG